UAAUUUAAGAUACAUCAAUUAAGGAAUGACUUUGUUUUUAUAUGAAUCAAGAAAAACAAAUUAUGAGAUUCCUUUUGGUAUUUAACAAUAUUGAGUGUUGAUCUACUAGAUAGGGGUGAUAAUUAGAAAUAAAAUGUUAAGAGACAGGUAAUAUAACAUUAACCAAUGGAAAACGUUCACUCCCAGACGCUUGAUUUUUAUCGGUGGUUAGCUGAACGCUUGAAUCAAAUGUAAACAAUAUGGCGAACCGCUAUUUCGCACUGACGGUGGUGCAGUUGAAGAAGGAGCUUGCCUGUAGAAACGCCACGACGCAAGGAAGGAAGAUAGAUUUAGUUAGACGAUUAGAAGCAUAUGACAGAAAUGCCAAUUUCCAGCAGCCACCUGUUCUGUUACCAGAUCCUUUGGACGUAAACUGGCCUACAACAGGAUUCCAACAACUCAAUUCAGAGCACAGGAAAUUACUACCUUCCAUUACAAGGGAACAGAUAGAAGCCUAUUUUCUCCAUAGACUUGCUGGAGAUAAUGAAGCGGCAUGUGAUAUCAAGGCAGUUAAGAAUGGGGAACUAUUGUACCAAUCCGAGAGAGUUUUGGCAUGCUCAGUUAUCAUUGAAAAUGAUGUAUUUUUUACUGGAAUAGUCAGUGCAGCCAUGAAAAAUAAGGUCACAUACAGCUAUAAACUAAGGCUGGAGAAAGAAUCUGGAGAUGUGCUAAACAUGCUUGAAAAUUUUAUUGAGAAUGGUGAAGUGGCGGUGCAGAAAUCAUGUACAGAAAAUUUGAUGAUGUUCAACAAGCCAAAGGCAUCCCAUAAAGGAUCUCCAGUCAAAGUUGAAAAAAUUACAAUUGGGAAGAGAAAAUCAGCGGUUCAUUUGGAUGACCCACGACCAGAAAAGUUUAGGAAUGUAGAGGGCAUGCAAGACCGGGUCAGAAACCUAUUAAUCAACUAUACAUCAAAUACUUCUGAAGACAUUGCAUUUCGUUAUCUUUAUGAGAGAGCAGAUUUGAAGUCUUCAAUUCAUGACCACCACUACUUAUCACUGCCUUUCACAGAAUACUGGGUGGAUAAAGCAUUACAGGUAACUGAAUCAGAGGUGGCAAGUAUUGAAAAAGAAACAAGGGGACAAUCUACAAAUAAGAGAUGGUUUGCAGAGAGAAUGUGGAGAAUCACAGCAUCAAAUUUUGGGCAGAUUUCAAGAAUGACAGACAGACGUAACAAACAGAAGCUUUGUAAAUCAUUGAUAUCUAUCAAGAGCCUCACCACCCCCGCAGUCACUCAUGGAAAAUCAUAUGAAAAAAAAGCAAUCAAAAAGUUUGAAGAUAACCACAACAUAAGAGUUCAUGAGAAUGGUUUAUUCAUUUGUUAAAAAAUGCCAUUUCUAGGUGCAACACCAGAUGGCGUUAUAGAUGAUAAAUAUAUAAUAGAGGUGAAAUGUCCUUAUAAAGGGCGGAAACAAGAAAUCAACACAAACACAAUGGAAUAUUUCACUUAUUUAGAGGUAGUGGGUGGGGAAAUCAAGCUGAAAAUAUCUUCCAAUUACUAUGAUCAAAUUCAGGGACAACUGUAUAUAAGUGGCAGACAAUUUUGUUUUUUUAUUGUGUAUACACUAAAGUCACUAUUUGUAGAAAUUAUUGAAAUCAACAGAGAAUACUGUGAAAUGUGCCUUAUACCAAAACUGGAGUCGUUUUAUACAAAACAUUACAGACCUUUCAUUGCCCCAAAUUUAUAAAUGAUUGCAAAUUAGGCCAAUUAAAGUUAAUUGAUAGAUUAUCAUCCCCGCCCGCCCCUCAAAAAAGGGCCCAUCCCGAUUUUUUAAUGCAAAAAUUAUGAUUUCAAACAAACUUGCUUCCCAGUGACAUGAGUGAAUGAUUAAAGUCACAGAAUGUUGUUUUAUAUAUAUAUAUAUAUAUAUAUAUAUAUAUAUAUUCUACUAAGGAAUCUUUGAAUUCCGUACUUGAUUAACACUUUGUGUGAUGUCUGUUUUCAUUAAUUUUUUUUUCUCAGGAAAUAAAAAUUCAAAAAUUAUAUUCUCCCACCCGCCCCAUUUUUUUUUUUGACCCCAGAUGAUAAUCUACUAAUUAGGUUGAAUUGGCCUUACUUUGAAACCACCUCCUUCUGUACUACUUAAAUGUAUGCUACAAAUGAAACAAUAUAUUUCCAUAAAAUUGACUACAUGUUGUGAAGUAUUGCAGGGAACACUUCAGAUUGCCUAAUAAAAUAGCCCCCAAUAUGUAA